GCCGCCGCCGCCGCAGGCUGCCGUUUUCAAUGUCCGUCCAUUCGCACAGUCGACCGUCUCCGUGAACAAUGAGGACAGCAACGCGUUGUCGUGUCGCAGGUCAAAAGACGGCCCGUGUCGGUGUAAAAGUACAAAUGCGUGUUUGUGUGGCAGACAAGGUCCAAAUAAACAAAACGGAAAGCAUUGUGUGCGAUUGGCCGGCGACCAGUUCGACCAGUGAACGAAAACAUCGGCACAGCCGCACCGCAGAGUUGUUCCGAAGACACGAGAUGACGAGUCAUUGGCGACGUCAUGUCCCCGUCCCGUCAAGUAACUUCCUGAUGUACUUCUUGUUUUCUUCACGUCCCGCUUGCACAACCGGACGCCUUCUCGUUGGGUAAAGCCGUCUGAUCCUAUGAGAUGUAAUACUGAAACGCUCGUCUUUAAACAAUAGAAGUGCACGGCGUCAUAGUUUUCAAUAUUUAUACCCCCUAUCCUGUCGAACACGGUAACCGGAAUAUCCCAAACGGCUCGCAGUUUGAUGCAGACGACAAUGAAAAUUGCCGCUCGUUAGAUGGUGCAGGUCAAGCGUCCACCGAGCGUUGGCCCAAAAUGCAAAAUGGGAGUCAAUCGUCAGAGUUAUCCGUUUACGUAAUAACGGCAGCGGGCGGGACAGGUUGCGUCGACACGAAUCGCGUCCUCGCAAAUUGUCUCCGCACAGCAGCCAGAGAGAAUCCGUGUCUUCUACUCGGGUAAGUCGACAAAAAAAAUUUCCCGCUCGCAGAUGUCGGGAAUGUGAACCUUACGGUUCACCGCGUACAAGGGCGCUAUUGCGAAACGCCGACGACGCGAUGAGACUAAGGCGGAGCGGUCGGCCUCCCCGCUGUUAAUUCAACAUAUCCUGUUUCCUCUUCGGUCUAUGAAAGUUUGCAGCUCACAGCGGCAGAAGUCAGACGAAGCGAUGGUGUCCAAUUCCGCCGCCUUCUCGCUGCCCGUCAGCACCUCAGCCAAGGUCGGCAUCGCCAUCCUGACCUUGGCCUUCGCACUGGGCUUCCCGGGGAACCUCUUCGUGGCGUGGUCGGUCGUUUGUCGCGUCCGCAAGCGCUCGGUGACGUGCUUGCUGGUGCUCAACCUGGCCGUGGCCGACGCCUCGGUGCUGCUCACGGCGCCCGUCUUCUUGCGUUUCCUGGCGGGCGGGCGGGGGUGGGAGUUCGGCUCGCCGGCCUGCAAGCUGGUUCACUACCUGUCCAGCGUCAACAUGUACGUGUCCAUCUACCUCAUCUGCCUGAUGAGCAUGGAUCGGUGGCUGGCCGUCACCAGGCCUUUCUUAUCCCAGAGGAUGCGGACGAAGCGAUCCCUGCUGAUUCUCCUACUGGGAGUCUGGAGCACGGCGUUCCUGCUCUCCCUUCCGAUGCCCUUCUACCGCAGCAAUCUGAGGAAAGUACUCCCGAACAACGCCACGCUGAGGUUUUGCGUGCCGUACCACUGGCAAAGCGUAGGUCAUCGGGUCUUCCAGUACACCUUUGAGACAGUCGCGGGCUGCCUGGUGCCCUACUCCCUCAUCAACACCUGCUAUUCGUCCGUCAUCUGCCGCCUGCAGAGCGCCGCGUUCAAGCGGCGGGGCCAAGGCAGCCGACUGAUUCUGAUGAUCAUCUGUACCUUUGCGCUUUUCUGGCUGCCGUAUCACAUCGUCAACACGAUCGAGGUGAUCGGCCUUUUGCAAGGCAGCCGCACGACCGUGGCGGCCGCCCUCGCGGCCCGUCCCAACGUCACCGCCUUCGCCUACUUCAGCAGCGCCGUCAACCCCAUUCUGUACGUCUUCGCCGGCAGCUCCCACAUCCGCCAGGCCGGUCUCGGCUUCAUGGGCAAGCUCUUCGAGGCCACCAACUCCGAGAGCAGGAGCGCAUCCACCUUCAUCCGCGGCGGACGCACCGGCUCCUCGCGGGAAGACUGCUCGGUUCUGCAGACGCUGUCCGUCAAACCGGCAAAGCCGUUCAGAGGGAGGCAGGGAGACGCCGGCGACGCGGAGACGAGAGAGACGGAUGAGCCGGAACCGAAGACUCUGGCAAGUGUCGAGCCCUUAGAAUAGCUCAUGUUACAGAUACUGCGAUGAAUUGUGUUUCCAAUUUUACAAAGUACUCUUCAUUGUCCUUCCUUUGCCGUAUACCUGAGAAUCCUCCCACUUCCAUACUUGACAGGAAUUUAAGAGCACCGACGGUGAAGUUAUCGCUCAGAGAAGUAGUCAUCUGUUCGUGUUUGUUAUUGUCACUGCGGUUGUAGUUUGUAGCGGUGUACUAUUGCACGGCGUCACGCGGAGGACCGUCCCUAACUUAAAUCGCGUGUGUCGACGCACACUUCCUUUCUUUCAUCACACGGCAUUUACAAAACCUCACUUAGUUAGCGUCAAACCAGGGCUCAAUUUCCAUGUUCAGGAGAAUCUAUGCUUGUCCAAACUGAUGUAUUUAAAGCGGGAAAAGUACCAAAUAAAGUAUUUACCGGAAAGCAA